AUGGCUGGCUUCCUUCUAGGCCCUGUUUUCCAGCCGCCGUUAGGGCUCUUGUCUUCCCCCCCAAUGAGAGCCGUAACUACGAAUCUGUCCAACGCUUUAAUGGACACUAUUCAACAUGGUUAUAGUAAUUUCGGGAAUUUCAGUGCCAAUUCAUCCGCAAUCUCCAUCACGGCGUUGUCCACCGAAGAUGAUGGAAACUCUCCCUUUUUCGACUUCCAAUUCUCAUCUCCCUUCCUGAACCGGUCAGCUGGUAGUACUGAAAUUGUGAAUAGCACUUCUAUGUACAGGAUUGGUAGCAUUUCCAAACUCUUCACCGUGUAUACUCUUUUGGUCAAUUACGGUUGGGAGCAUUGGGACGAAGCGAUCACGCAGUAUCUCCCGGAGCUUCAAGACGUCACUAAUUUACCUGGUGAUACUUCGCUUACGAGCGUCGAUUGGAGCAAGAUCACGGUCGGUGAUCUUGCCUCGCAGCUAUCAGGUAUUGGCAGAGACUAUUCUUAUGGAGAUGUAGCCACUCUUGAUAUCCCCUGGAAUGAAUCAGGACUCCCUCCCCUACCAUCAGAAAAUAUUCCCAGAUGUGGAGGCAAUUCUAGCGCACCACCAUGUGACCGUGACGAAUACUUCCAUGGACUACUCCAAAGAGCUCCCGUUAUUUUGCCUCAAACGACACCUAUCUACUCAAAUACCGCCUUCCGAAUUCUUGGAUACAUCUUGGGAGCCAUCAGCAACAUUCCAUUCGAUAAGCUGCUAGACUCUACGGUACUCCGGCCUCUGAAUUUGACAACGACUUCAUAUGUGAUACCCGCGGAAGGUUCGUGGGUAAUUCCAAAUGGCGAUAGCGCAUGGUAUCAGAACACCAGUGAUGAGACGCCUACGGCAGGCAUGUACUCUUCGUCAUCCGAUUUGGCAAAUUUUGGUCGCGAUAUCUUGCUUAGCAAACAGCUUUCCACACUCGAAACUCGACGCUGGAUGAAACCAAACUCUCAUACUUCAACGCUUUCUUAUUCUGUUGGAAGUCCGUGGGAGAUCCUCAGGACUAAAAGUCAAAUAUCCCAUGGCCAUACCAUUGACUUAUACACUAAAUCGGGAAGUCUUGGGCAAUACAACUCGCUUUUGGUGGUCUCCCAGGACUAUGGUGUAGCACUUUCAAUCAUGACAGCCGGUUCCAGUAGCUCGGCUGUUAUGGAAGUGGUUUCUGAGAUGGUUCUUCAGACUUUAAUUCCGGCUCUGGAAAAUCAAAUGCUCCUUGAAGAAUGUGAUCGAUUAUGCGGGAUCUAUAGUUCGUCCGAUCAGAACAAGAACUCGAGUCUUACACUGUCAGUGGACACAAAUGGUCUGCAAAUCGAGCGGUGGAUAAAUCGCGGCGUCGACUUCCUGGCAGCCAUUCAGACAUAUGCUUCUCAAACUAACAGCCCACCAAUUCAGCGAGUUCUCCUACAGGCUACGAAUUUAGAGAGUCCAUCGGAUGGUCAAGAUGGUGGGUUUCGUCGAGUCAGAUACCGUGCGAUCUUUGAAACAAGCACGAGUGAACGGGCUGGGCCAACUCGGAUUAUGCCCCAAAGUGCAAAUCAGUGGGCCACCAUCGAUACUCCUAUGUAUGGAGAGAUUGCUUUUGAUGACUUUAUUUUUCACUUUGAUCAUGCUGGGAAUGCUUUCGCGAUAGAACCUCGGGUUAUGAGAGACACGCUUUUGACGGCUGAUAGGGAAUCAAGCAAUUUCUCUCGGUUUACAUAUCGUAUGGGCCCAGAAUCAUGA